AUGGCAGGCUCUCGUGGCGCCCUCGUAGUCUUUGGCUCUGGUCCUGGCAUCGGUCGCAACGUCGCUGCUGUAUUCGCAGAACGCGGCUUUCAAAAGAUCGUUCUCUUGUCUAGGAACAAAAUUCGUCUAUCGCAAGAUGCCAACUUUGUUCGUGCAGCGAGCGCUGGAGCAAGCGUGGACGUCAUUGAGUACGACGGUGUUAACAUGGAAAGUGUUCGUGCGGGUCUUGAGAAAGUGGAAAAGACUAUGGGCGACGUGCCACUUGAGUGUGUACUGUUCAACCACGCGAGACUGGGACCGAGCAAAUUCUUUGAUUUCACUGUCGAGGAGCUGGACAAUGAUCUCCAGGUAUCGUUUCGUUGA